GCCCACCUACUUAGCUUAUGCAAAUUAUAUAAUUAAUACAAAACGCUACUCCUAGCACAGAAGAAGAAAAACUAUAGGACUACUAUUUCUGCCCCUAGAACAAGACUAUAUUAUACACAGCAGAGAUCUCUAAACUCUCUAAAGAAGAAGAAGCAGAGCAACACAAAACGCAAAUGCUACAGAGACUAGGAGACAACCUACUCGCUAUCUACACAGACGCCUCCUCUAUUAAGAAAGGCACAGGAAUAGGAAUAGGAAUUGUAUACAAUAGAGAGCUAGAAGGCAUAACAAGAGCCUUUAAGUUUGCAGCUUCUACAGCUACAGCAACACAAGAGAUCCAA